UAAAAAGGUUGUUUCCUGUAUACGCUGAGAGCUGCAUUCUUUCGACAUAACGUUAGAUGAAAGAUAUAAAUGUGCAACAUUUCAUCUUACAUUUGUGAAGGCGAUUAUCCAAAUGGAAGAGACGAAAGAAAACUUAACAUUCAAAGGUGUUGUUGAGAGACUCACGCUUGGCAUUACUCGAAUACUCGAGAACAUGCCCGGUGUGGUCGAUGUGCGUUUUGUAGAGAGGGAACCUGCAGAUAAGAGGAGCCUGCUGUCAUGGGAACAGAAAAACACUUGUAUCUUACCGGAGGACCUGCGAGAUUUCUAUCUGACAACUGAUGGAUCGACACUCACCUGGAGCGUGAAACUAGACAAUGAGUGUGUUCCCUUAGGAAGCAUGGCGAUUAACAGUGUGGCUAGACUGUGCCCACUCCUCCAACCAGUAUCCUUAUUUUCUUUACCCAAUGCACCCUCGCUGGCUGACCUGGACUGGGAGGAGGACAACACAGAAAGCGGGAGCGCUCCCGCUGCACCCCAUUUUGAUUCCCGGAGCCGCAUCUUCGAGAUGGAUUCCUGUGGUGGAAAUGGCAAAGUGUGUCUAGUCUACAAAAACUGCACACCAGGUGUGGUAGCACAGCAGAGUGAAAUUUGGUUCCUUGACCGCUCGCUGUGUUGGCAUUUAAUGACAUCAACCUUCACCUCCUACUACCGACUGAUGAUCACUCACUUGGGUCUGCCUGAGUGGCAGUAUGCCUUCACCCCAUAUGGCCCGAGCCCCCAGGCCAAGCAAUGGGCAUCGUUGUACCAGCCGCUGACUUUCACCAAUGAGCUCAACUUUGCUGAUCCUGCGGGAGAUUCCCAUCUCAACAAGCUGGAUCCUACAAAGGCCUUCAAAGGCAAAGCCAAAGCACCUGUGCCAAAGAAGAAGCAGUCGACACAGUGCAGCUUAGGGAGCACUGCGAAGAGCCAAGGCAGCACAGUAAGACACAGUGGGGGAAGGCGGUGAUUCCGUCCAAGGAAAACAUUCUAAUCAACUUCACUGUCCACACAACCAGCAUUGCACGGAGGAACAGCCAGCAAUUCCACCAUUGACUGGAGUUUGGAAUGCGGCAUGUAUAGAAAGAUAAACAAUCAGCGCUUUCUAACAAAAGGCUUCAUGUAUGCUAAUCGCUGGUGAUGCAGAGAUGCAAUUGCGUCACCAAACGUUUCACUUGACACUCUGCACUAGUGGUACACAUACGUAAAAGCAGCCAACUCCUAAAACAUGAUUGUGUGCUGACGACGCAUGUCUAAUAAUCUUCAUGCGUAGUAACCGACCACAGAACCAAUUUAGCAACAGUACCGCUGCUGUAUGUUCUCCAAUUCUGUAACACUAGGCUUAGUUUCUGUUUGAAUGUUUAAUGUAUCAUACUCCAAUAAUCUAUACAUAAUAUAUACAAUUUCAAUAUACAGUUUGUAUAUAUACAAUAUAUAGAAAUAAUUUAUUAAUUUCAAACGUGUGACAAUGGGUAAACAACCUCCUCAUCAUUCAUAUGAUGACAUCUUGAGGUGAAAGUAAUACUGGGUCGGUUUCCGCUGUGAAAGUGCUGGUGGGCUGAAGACUUAUGUGGAUAUUUUGACACUCACAAUGAAGAGCAGAUCACUUCAAUGUUCCAGUCACAAUACUAGCCUUCAAUGGAUUAGUGGAUACUGCUGUAGGUAUUCAACAAAUGCCUCAGAGCUUCUCUAUCAAACUUGAUAUUUAGAGUUUAUGUAAAUGUGAACCAUGAAAGACUAAAACUAAAUCAAACCCAACUCCGGUUUAAAAAAAAAAAAAAAAAAAGUUACUCACUGGCC